AUGGGACAACAAGUAGCCAAAUUAGCGACUGUUGAUUUUAGUAUUCAGUUUGUUGGAUGGAUCAUAUCAACCUUAUUUCACACAGAAAAAUUUUAUGAUCUUACUGGUUCGUUAACAUUUAUCGCAUUAACAUAUCUUAGUUUAAAUAAUAGUCGACGUUAUUUAAGACAAAAUGUACAAAGCACAUGCGUAUUUGUAUGGGCAUUACGGCUUGGUGCAUAUUUGUUUUAUCGUAUUCUUCAAACCGGAAAAGAUGCACGUUUUGAUGAAAUAAGAGAUAGUCCAGUGAAAUUAUUUGGUGUCUGGAUGAUGCAAGGCGUAUGGGUACUCAUCACUUUACUGCCUACAAUUUAUGUUAAUCGACAACGUAUUGAUAGAAAAAUAACCACAACAGAUUAUCUUGGCUGGAGUAUAUGGUUAUUUGGAUUUUUAUUUGAAAUUAUUGCUGAUGGACAAAAAUAUGCAUUCAAAAAUAAUCCAGCAAAUAGAGAUAAAUUUAUUGAUAGUGGUUUAUGGUCGAUAUCUCGACAUCCCAAUUACUUUGGUGAAAUCUGUGCAUGGUCUGGUCUCUAUAUAAGUUCAUCUCAUAUGCUUCAAGGUUUUGAACAUUUGUGCGCAUUAUCACCAAUAUUUGUUACGUUAAUGAUAUCAUUUUUGUCUGGUAUACCACCACAAGAACGCAGCGCAAUGAAAAGAUUCGGUGGCAAUCCUGCCUAUCGUUUCUAUCGUAGUACCACACCAAUACUGACCGAGGUCAGAGAUUCACGACCGUAUAUUAUUGUACUUCGUCGUAUUUUGACGUACACUGUAUUACAUCCAUCGUACGACGUUGAAAUAUGA